UGUGUCGUCUUGUACCUGUAGCAUAUAAAAGCAGGAUUAGUUCCUGAUGACAACAACGAAGCGCUAGGUUCAUUCUUCAAAGUUCAAAGGAAGGAGAUAGCAAUUAGCAACGCACGUCUAUAUGCUCACUGGUCGCUGUUCCAUUCGGUCGUCAGUGUCUCCGCCUAUUUUGUACCUGGAAGUACGCCUGAAAUAAUUCGGAUGACUUUAAGGACAGUCGCGUCCUUCGCCGUUCAGCCGGCCGCAUUCCAAGAGUCGAUGUCCUCCCGGCGUUGACAUCAGGCUGGACAAGCUGGAGGACAUGGAAUUGUUGAAACCCGACCGGGUCACCGAGUCGGUCCUCUCGUAUUUCCAAAACAGAGGCUAUUUGCACGAAAACAGCAACUACACCCACCCGUUGACGGUGACACAGGAGGAGAGCAGUCGUUACGACGAUGCCCUACGGGCUUGUUCAAAGAAAAACUCUAUUUCGUACACAACUACUGUCAGGGAUAUCGCACAGGCAGAAUAUCAGUUUUCACUGUUGAAAUCAUGGGUGAGGAGUCUGCGGGAGCAUCAGGUCCGAGUCGAACUGACACAAUUAAUAAUGCCGAUUCUGUGCCACCUGUAUCUCGACAGCCUGGCACUCCAUUCGAAAGCGUCGUGCGCCAAGUUUCUUAAGAAAAUGCUACCACCAAUGAACAAUGACUGGCUUCCCCUGGUUGAACAAUUGCUAACAGUUCACAACUCUGAGGACCUGGCAUCUCAUCCUCAAGUUUGGUACUUCAGGCAUUGCAAAUGUGAUUUAAAACUAAGCCCCUGCUCGAUAUCAGCUUUAAGAACAUUUUUAACAAAGAAUAGUCUUCAUAUUUUAAUACCACCUCUCCAUUCCUACUUUGAUGUUACAAUACUCACAGAAGAUGUUUUGAACAAUGAAACAGACACGGAUGAAGAAACGUCUAAAUCCACCGUGGAGACUAUAUAUGGCGAUGGAUUUUAUGUACCUUAUAAAGAUAAAACAAUGGAGGAACUUCUUAGGGAAAUUAACAACAAGAGAAUGCAGUCGACUCCACCUCCACCGCUGUUGGUUUACAGAGGGCACAAAGCCGAAGGAAUCGUCUGUGGAAGAGUGUCGUCCGAGGGAAGGCUCGCUGCAACUGGCGAUCACAAGUCACAGGUUCGAGUGUGGGGCCUUGGCGAAACUAAGCUCAUGCCGAAGCUCCAUCCCAGUUAUUUUUCUUCAGUGCAACUAGCUGUGGACACAAAGCUCAUUGACGAAUCUUUAGCACAAAUCGAAAAACAAAAUUGGUUUUUAAGAGGUCACAGUGAUACAGUUUAUGAUUUGUCCUUCAUAAGUGACACUGAAUUUUUAGUAUCUGUCUCGUUUGAUACUACAAUGAGGCUGUGGUCGUUAAACGACUUUUCCUGUACGGCAGUUUACAGAGGCCACUCUUCUCCUAUUUGGGGUGUAGCCAUUUCUCCGAUAUCAAACUAUGUCGCUACUGCUUCUCAGGACAAGACAGCCAGAGUUUGGAGCCUAGAGAUGACCUAUCCUCUCAGGAUAAUGGCCGGGCACUUAAACGACGUUACUUGUGUCAAGUUUCAUCCGAAUGGGAGUUACAUUGCCACGGGUUCAGUUGAUAAGACAGUUCGGCUGUGGUCUGUCACCGACGGUAACAUGGUGAGGGUGAUGGGUGGUCUCCAGAACCAAGGUGCUGUUUAUUCUCUGGCGUUCAGCCCCAAUGGACAAUAUCUUGCGUCCGGUGGGGACGACAAGUCGGUAUGGAUCUGGGACAUUGCGACUGGUUCCGUUCUAUUCCAGCUUGCCGGUCAAGAGAAGCGAGUAGUUUCAGUUGAUUGGAGCCACGAUGGGUCAACAGUCGCAGCGGCCUGUUACGACGGUGUUGUCCUGCUUUGGUCUCUUGACAAUGAACAAGCCUGCACUGGUGACAUCACAUCAAAAACGUAUCACACAAAAUGUUCAACAUUGCUCUCCCUUCAAUAUUCCCAGAAAAACACUUUAGUUGCCGUAGGCGUUCAGAAAUAAAUUUUCUGUAAUUCCUUAAAUGAAGAAGUUUUUAAAAUGUACAUAUGUAAUUUAUUUAUUUUUUGAAU